AUGACUUCGCACAAAAUUCAACAUUGUAUAUUCGUCGAUGGGGAUUUCGACCGACAUGAACUAUUUAGCAAUGUUCAUCCUUAUACCUUAAAUCGUCUUGCUAAAUUAAAUGAUGUUUUAACAUGUAAAUUACACAAUGAACAAGUGAUGAAAUUGAUGAAUAAUCCAUCAAAUAUUCAUUUUUAUAUUUGUUACAAUUCAUCCUCGACAGAUAUUGAUCACUAUUAUAAGAUAUUAAAAGUAACUUAUCCUCAAAGUAUACGAUUGUAUUCAUCGAUAAAUACAGCAAUCAAUGACUGGCAACAUAAAUGUGAUCAUAUUUGGAUUAUACACGGAAUUGAAAACACUUACGAAGAAUUAAUUGAACAAUUAAAAUUCAAUAAAAAAACACAAGCAAAUAUUUCAAGUUAUUCUUGGUUGGAAAACAUAAAAGAAGGUUCAAAUCGAAUUGAAUAUUUAAUUAAUAAUAAAAUGCAAAAUUUUAAUGAUAAUCAAAUUGAAGAGUCAAAUAUUGAAGUAACAACAACAACAACGAUGAUGUCUACUACAGAGAAACCAAAGAAAUCUAACAGAAGACAAUUGAUAAAAUGUGAUGUUGACAAUUGUAAGAAACAAUUUAAGAAUGCGGAUGCUUUAAGAAGCCACCAAUUGGCUAAACAUCCAACUUCACAAGUAGUUGUACAACAUGAAAUAACAAAAAAAAUAUCCAUUCAAACUUCUAUACAACAAAAGAUUCAUGGAUACAAGAAUAAACAUGUAGAUGUAAAUGUUUUACCAGAUCAUCUAUCAGCCAAUUAUCCAGUCGAUCCAGUAAUUACAGAUGAUGAAACAUCGGAAACGUCUAUUACAGAAUAUUACAAAGAGACUAAUAACAAAAUAAACAUAAAAUGCAAUAUUGAUGGUUGCAAGAAGAAAUUUUGGAAUGAAGAUGCUCUGUACAAUCAUCAAUCAAUUAUGCAUGUAAGUGAUCAGACAGAUACAGAUGAUGAAAUAUCAUCAGUAUCCUCUUCAAAAAAUCGAGAAAAUAUCAUUACAAUACGAAAACACGAAUGUGGUUUUGAAAAUUGCACAAUAUCGUGCAAAAAACGACGUUCAUUAUAUAUACAUAUAAUAGAAAGACAUUCAAUUCCGCUUCAAUGUCCAUGGAGUAGCAAUUGUAAACAAUCAAAUAAAAAUUAUUUUGGGAUACUUCUAUUACAAAAUCAUAUUAUAUCUGAACAUACAGAUUCAACGAUACAAUGCAAAUGUCCUAUUCCUCGAUGUAUAAAUUCAAGAAAUUGGGAAGAUUGGUCCACUUUAUUACAACAUAUAAUAUUAAGACAUACAGAAAAUCUAUUCACCCAAGUGUAUUGGGAUGAAAUAAUAUUGAAACGACAUCAAGCAUAUGAACAUCCUCUUCCUCUUCUAUGCCCGUUUGGAUCUGAAUGUCAACAAUCAACAAAAAAAUAUUUUGGCAUAUGGAAAUUACGUGAACAUGUCUAUUCAAAACAUGCACCAUUGUAUUCUCAGCCAGUAUGCUUUAAUUCGGAAUGUCAAUACAAUAAACCGUUCGUAACUUGGAAUCAUGUGUUGAAACAUAUCCUACAUAUGCAUUUAGAAGCUGUUGUAUUGAUUGUAAAUUCAAACACAUCGUCGACAGUAAAAAAAGACAAAGUAUAUAAGAAGUGCAGUUAUCAAAAUUGUAAUCAACCAUUUAAAACAAGAAAUACCUUCCAGUAUCAUUUAGCAACAUCGCGUCCUUAUCCUCUUCGAUGUCCAUACAAUUCUGCGUGUAAUAAACUUGAUAAUGAUAGUAAACAUUACUUAGGAUUAAUGGAACUACAAAGACAUAUUGAAGUAACACAUUCAGUACAAUUCCUAGUGCCAAUGUGUUUCAAUCAUCGAUGUCAACAAAAUAAACAUUAUAAAGAGUUGAAACCGUUAAUGAAUCAUAUUUUACAAAAACAUUGGCUAAAUAUCAGAGUGAAAUGA